AUGCCGACACAUGAUGACUCUUACUAUCAGUUGUCUAAGACGCUCAACCCAAGCGGCCAUGAUAACUUCUACUCCCACUACCCCAACUACAGUGCAGAUUCCGCCUCCGCUGCGGCUUACGGCAACUUGAUGGCAUCUCACAGGCAAAAGGCCGACCGAGGUCUAUUACCGCCAGCAGACUAUCCCAUUGGGCCUAACCGAUCCCGACCCGUGUCGGUGGCGAGCUCGAUUGCCAGUGACUCACCUGCCACGCCAUCCAUGGGGGAGCCUGAAGAUGACAGGAGGCGAAAGACUGGUGAGGACCCCGAGAUAAUAGACUGUCCUGCGGACACUUACUCACUAUUUUUCGAUGAUGCAGCUUUCAGUGCCGUUCCCAAACUGGACCGCACAAUGACGGACAUCUACAGUGACGAACUGUUCAAUCCGAACUUCACAAUCACCUCUGCCUCUCCAUCCCAGCAGGCACAUAUUUCCGUCUCGCCAAGUAACGAGGUGUUCGCUCAGAGACUUCAUGCUGCAAACAAUCAGCAUUUGAGCGCGCACUCCCCCGUGUCAUCCACUCCCCGAGAUAGAUCCCCGUUUCGUCAGGGCUCACCAUUAGCGCCAGCCCCAAGCCACGACUUUGGGGGUGCCGGACGUAUGGGAUUCGCGUCAGCCCAGCAGAUGCGCGAGCAGAGGAAGGCAGAACAUGACGCUGAGGUUCUACGGCAACAGAUCGGCCAUGCCACCGAUGCCGGAACACCUCAGACCAUAUCUCCGAAGGACGCCAUUCUCGAGUUUCACGAGCAGGACGGUGAGAACAACUUCCCACUAUUCCCGGCGCAGGAUUCGACUGGAUUCGACAGCGACCACCUCGCCAAGGCAGCAGCAGCCACUGCGGUACAGGCAAACUCCCAGUUCAACGACAUGUCUCUUGGAGGUGCACCUUUCAACAAUUAUCUGCAGUCCCAGUUGCCUACAGGUCUCCAAAUCCCUCAGCAUUAUCCAUUUGUCGCCCAGCCGAGACAGCAGAGCAGCAGUGCCUCGAUGGGCAGCACCUCCAUGGGUGUCCCAUCGCGUGUGAGCUCGGCGGACUCCGCAACACCGGACUCAAUGCUUUCUGCCAGUCCGCAACGGCCGGCUGGGACGAGUGCUGAUGGUGGCACCUACACUUGCACAUACCAUGGUUGUACUCUCCGCUUCGAGACACCGGCACUACUUCAGAAGCACAAGCGUGAGGGACAUCGUCAAACGCAUGGUCUCAAUCCAGUACGGAGGGUUGAUACUGGCAUGACAUCUAGCCUACUCAACAGCCAGGCGGGACCGCACCGCUGUGAUCGUAUCAACCCUAGUACCGGCAAGCCUUGCAACACGGUAUUUUCACGACCGUACGAUCUUACUCGUCACGAGGAUACGAUUCACAAUGCACGCAAGCAAAAGGUUCGAUGCGAUCUAUGCACUGAAGAGAAGACAUUCAGCCGUGCCGAUGCUCUCACGCGGCAUUACCGCGUUUGCCACCCAGACGUUGAGUUCCCUGGCAAGCACCGGAGACGGGGGCCUUCUAGCGGGUAA